AGGACAUACCGACGCGAUACUCGUCGAUCGAUCGACCUUGUAGUCUCUCUUAUCAAGCUGGCGGAGUCGUCGUGUCGUAUAAUAUAGAUUGGUUUUAGAGAAGCGAGUCGUUUGAGCCGCGUAUACAUACAUACAUGAGAAGUCAGACCGGCUGUUAGAUACGCGCAAAAGGUCGCUGGUCUGGUUGUGCGUCGUCGUUGCGGAUACACGGAUACUCGAGACGCCGCUUUAUCAGCCGCGAUUACACAAGUGCGAUCCGUCGAAUAAGAAAUCCAUAGCCGUGUUGCGAUCUAGGAUAGUGUGUUUGAAUUUGCUCACGCACGAUCGACACUUCUAGAAAUCUUUCGCGUAUUGUCUCGCAGAGUCGCGGCUAUCCUCCAAGCUAAAUCGCACAUGGAUAAGUCGAUGGGACAUUGAUUUCGAUAAAUGGGCAUCGAUCGUGUUUCGAAGACGUCGGUAACCGUGUAUAAUCGCGAAAUCGAAGAAUGUAUCGGAUGGACGAGCAACGAAACUGUCGAGACGACGAACGUUGGCCGACAAGGAUGUUCGAUCAAGGAUUUCUGGAUAUGGAAACUGUCGUCGAUGUUAGUUGAAAAGGAAUUUGAACCCGUGGUGACUGGGGCGCACAAGGAGAUUCGUCGAACGCGACACCACGACGCACGAGACACGGUGUCGCGAAUGUUUCGAAAGUUGUGAUUUUUUCUUGCCGGUAUAAACAGCGACCUCGUCGUAUUCAUUCGUCGUAACCGUUUCCCCUCUCUGAAAUGAAACUGUGACGCAGCCCUCUCUCUUUUCCACGCGCUUCGCAUUCCCGGUCGUUUCCACUUCUUUUCGAGCGACCGCUCCGUUCGACACGUCCUGGACGACAGUUUUAUCGGUCGUCGCAAGGCUAUGCGUUCUCGAAAACCCGCCGACCACCGAGCAACGACGCGUUUAUCUACCUCGUAUAAUACUACCAGGUCGUUCGUUCGUCGCCGUUAAAGGGAAGCUCCUCACCGUGUAACCGUGCACGCAUACGGAUCCAAGUUCCUAUCGAAGAAAGUUCCAAAGCCAUCGGCAUCUAUGUAUAUUGGAAAGUUAUCGUGGUAAUUACGGCUGUGCUGUGUGCGGUACGUGUAUCUUCUGGUCCGGUCGUCGCUCGUAGCGCCGUACGCCUCGUUCUCGUUCUCGUUCUCGUUCUCGUGCUUCGGACCUUAACCGUCGUCGUAGUACCGACUCCGGGCGCGGACGUAGGGUACUGUCCCGACUACGGUACGAGGGAACGCGAUCUCGCUAUUGUCCUGAUCGCAAAUUCACGGCUGUGACGAGCAGGCAUCGCCGACCCGAUCUCCGAUUAUAGAGUAGAAAAUUAUCGGGCAGGAUUGCAAAUGGUCGUAGAAACUGUCGCUUGAAUGUGCCGAAAGGGAAGAGGAACGUCCAUACGUCGAUCGUGUGUAUCGGUGCAUGUGUAUCCGUGUGCUCGUUAUUUUUCCUUUUUCUCUUUUUCGUUGGCGCGCGUGUUGUACGCAGCAGAGAGCAGCGUGCGCGAGAACGCGUGUGAUCGUCGGGAACAUGGGAGUUCUGUUGGUUUCGGAUGGCACAGCGGCGGUUCAACCUCGUAUGAAUUUGAACGCGGUCAAAGCUGCGGGAGCGCAGCGUGCGAUCGACAUCGCUAACGAGACGAAUAACAAUGUAAACGGACUGAGAGAUGCGAAUAGUCUGAUGCCGACGCAGGUCGUCGGUAUAAUCGACGUGGUCGUCAACGACGAGCCGGUACGCAGCUGGAUGCCGCCCCCGCCCAAGAAAAAAUGGAUACGACAUUAUCUGCUCGAGGAGGAGCCGCUAGAAAAUAAUAGAACGAACGGGAAUCACUCGACAGGUUCCCGAGGGAGCCCCGUGAUCUCAAGCACGCGAGUAACGCCACCCUCGGCGAACGCGAAUUCGGCUCAUCUGGCCGCCGUACACUCUACGUCGCACCUCCAUCUCCAUCAUCAUCAUCAGCAUCAGCAGCACCAGCAGCAGCAGCAGCAUCAGCAGCAGCACCAACAACAGCCCCAACAGCAACACCAACACCACCAACAACAGCAACAGCAGUCGCAGCAGCAGCCGCAGCAACAGCCGCAGCAGCAACAGCAGCCGCAACAGCAACAGCAGCAUCACCAUCACCAUCAUCACCAUCAUAACAAUCACAACAGCACGCAUAAUCCUUACGUGGAAAAUCAUAAUACGAAUCACUCGCAGCAGAACGCGGGCAAUCUCGUCGUCGACGUUGAACCCAGCCACGACAAUAAGAAGCAUCGAAACGGACCGUGUGUUAUCCGUUCUGGCACCAGAGAAGUGCAUAACAAAUUGGAGAAAAAUCGAAGGGCGCAUCUGAAAGAGUGCUUCGAAUUAUUGAAGAGGCAACUCCCGUCGCAGGAAGAGAAAAAGUCGUCGAACCUUUCGAUUCUUCACGCUGCAAUCAGGCAUAUACAGAUGUUGAGAAGGAAGGAACGAGAUUACGAACACGAAAUGGAAAAGCUUGCUAGGGAAAAAAUUGCUGCCCAGCAAAGAUUACUAGCUCUGAAGAAGGAACUCGCGGCUACUUGGGAUCACAUCGACUUUAAUACUCUUUUACCAGAACAGAAUGCGGCUGCCGAUGUAACGGCUACGAGAAGUAUUUCAGAAAACAUGGAGGUUGAUGUGACGGGGCUCGCACGAGGUGGUACGAGGUACAGUAGUACCAGCAGUCUGAGCAGCGCAGCUACGGCUAGUUCACCGCAAACGCUUCAAAAUACCAGCGCGACUUCCAAUAUCCACAGUCAGGUUGCCACUGCGGCAGUUGUCUGCCAAGCGCAGGGUAUGAAUCUUGCGCCAAGUUCCAGAGAAAGUCCACCUGCGAGUUCGAGUCCUGGAACGCCUGCACCUAGCAUUCCUACUCCAGCACAGGAGAAAGUUACUUCACCAACGGGUAUAGUGCAGCAGCCGCACCAGUUGCACUUGCCGAUCAGCGCUCAGAUAUUGAACACCAGUCAAGGCUUGCCGACGAUCGUACCGACCCUUCAGCACCUCGGUCCGAGCUUGAGGGUGAUACCCGGUGACACGAGGCAACUUCUGGUCACUCACACCGCUGGCAGCAACGAAUCCAGGCCGCUCACGUUGGCCGUGCAAAACUCGUCGGAUCAAUCGAGGCCGCUUAUUGCCGUGCAAUCGAACACUGGAAGUGAGCCAAGGCCCGUAGCGCUGGUCGUUCACUCGUCCACGGCCAACGACAACAGGGUAACGUUUGUGCAUUCUAAUCUGUCCAACAACGACAGGCCGUUGGCCCUAGCCGUGCAGUCGUCCGCCAAUGACGUCAGGCCAGUUACAUUAGUGCAUUCGGCAAACGAGGGGAGGCCGUUAGUUUUCGCUGCGCAUUCUCCUGCACUGAAUGUUACGAAUGCUCAAACGAGGAUACGAGCGGGUGACGCGCAGACUACGCAUAAAAUGGUCGGUGGUGUGACACUUGUAGGCGGAAAUGGAUCGGAGUUGACUAGACUUCCCGGUGGCGCUGAAUUGAACAUACUGCCUGCAAAUGGAUUGACGCUGAGCCAUGCAGGUGUGUCGCUUCAAACCACAACAGGUAAACCAGGCUCGACAGUGAUGCAAAACGCUCCGUCCACAGAGGGUAUAGCUCAUAUCGUUGGCCCGCACACACCUCUCUCCGGCCUGACACCGAUCGUCACGCCGAUGACCGUUGUCUCGCAAGGAAAUCAAGUGACUGCUCAUAUCCUAGCCCCCUCUAGCCUUGCGGGCAAAAUGAUCACAACCCCGAUCCUCAAAUCCGUGGCACAAAUGCCGAUCGUGAACGCCCAGUAUAUAAACACCACUACUCUGGUGAAGCCCGUGGUUGUCGUCAGUUCACCGUCAACAUCCACGCCACAGUCGACGGCGGCUUCCAGUACACAACCUUCCUCCACCACACAUUCGACCGUCUGACAGAAUCAAAAGAAAGUGAAACUAGUUUGAGAAAGGGCUCCCGCUAAGUGUACGGAGGCGCCGCAGGGUCGCAGAAAUCGGUGUUUGAUCGACGCGUGUCCACGUUCCGUUAUCGUCUAACGCGUUUCGCGUGUACAGGACCGAUGACUAUGCACGAUCGAUUCGAUGCUUCAACGAGAGAUAAGGUAAAAAUCGCAGAUCUGGUCAACGGAAGAAGAGACAUAAGAGACGCGAUGAUUCUCUCCGUCGUGCUAUUUCCAACAUCGAGGGAGAAUUUCUUAUUUUGUGAAACUUUGCUCGUGUUCCUUCGUGCUUUGGAUUUCAAACGUUUCUGCUCUUCCAAAGAGUGAGACGACCGAGAGACGAUGCGAAGGUGUUAAAAAUGCUGUUGCUCAACUUGCGCGAUUGUGCAUGGUACCUUGAAUGGUUCAGAGAAGUACUUAUCGAAGGCAAAGGUCGUUAAAAAUGGGUCAAGGAAACGAACGCGACGAGGCAGCUUCGGACCAAGAUGAUCUCGUUCGCGUUUUCCGGAAUCGUAAGAACGAAGAAAGUAGGCCGAUGUACGCGGAUGAAAUUUCUCAGUGCGAUCGUUUGCAAGUUCAACAUUUCGCCGUUCCAUUUUUCGCAGGAUAAAAUUCUGGAAAAAUAAGACGGUCGAUGAUCGUUCGUAUUACGUUGUCCGUCGAGAGAUUUCUUUUUCUAAAUUAUAUACGCGAUCGUAUAUAAGAACGUAUCACGAACGAAUUGCAUUGACGCAUGAAAUCAAUUUGACUCAUGAUACUGGAACGUUAUUCGCACGAUUUUCUAAAUAUCAUGGUUGUAAAGUAUAACAGAGCUACGUAUAUCGUUUCUUUUUUGGUACCUUGUUGCAAUUGAAGAAGUUCGGUAAAGAAGAAACCAAACUGUGUGUUUACAGAAUGAUGUUAAGUUAAUGAAUUGUAUGAUAUAUAAGGUUCGUUUGGAUGUUUGAAAUUGAUCGAAAUCUUGAAAUCAGAUGGAUGAUAAAUAUGCUUGCACUUUUAAAUUAAUUCUUUAUGUUAAAUAGUGGCUGUGGAGAAACGAUUAUCCUUUACGCCUGUAAUUUACUUUCGGAAACUCAGAUGAUAAAUUGAACUUACGUCGCAUUGAAUGCCAAGGAAAUACGCAUACGUUUCUUUCUCUUCUUUUAUAUGUCUAUACAUCUAUCUAUCUAUCUAUCUAUCUAUCUAUCUAUCUAUCUAUCUGUCUAUCCAUCUAUCUAUCUAUCUGUCUAUCCAUCUAUCUAUCUAUCUAUCUAUCUAUCUAUCUAUUUAUCUGUAAAUAUAUAGUAUAUGUAUAUAUGUAUAGUAUGCGUAUAUAAAAAAUAUAUACAUAAAUAUACUAUACAUAUAUGCAUAUACUAUAUAUAGAGAGAGAUAGAUAGAUGUAUAGAAUGUGCUCAAGUAUUUAUUCGUUUCUAUUUAUUUUAUAAAGUGCAACACUGGGCAUAAGCAAAACGUUUGCCUUUGUAGUCCUGAUAUCUUUAUCGGAUUCGUUUCGAGAGGACGCUCAGCCGUGGUUUUUCUCGAAAGUCUGAAAAAAGAAAAAAAGCGACAGACAAAAUACGUAUGCGUACGUUUUUAACGAUAUGGUAGUUUUGUUUCCGAUGGAACGUGUACAUACAGGUGUUCGGAUCGCUGACGAAACAUUAUAUUUUGCAUAAUAUUUUCCUGCAAUCGAUCAAGAUAGAUAAUCGAAUUAGGAGAGAAAAGUUUUCGAUUUGCGUUGCACGAGGAAGACGGAAUUAUCGUAUGCAAUAUACACGUGGUGGUGUAUCGUACUAUUUUAAAUUGUUUUUUCUAUGUGUAAGUAAAAGAAAAAGAAUUUACGUUUCAUCUUGAAAUAUUCUAAGUUUUUUGAGCUUUCAUUCGAUAUACUCGAUGCGAGACCGUUAACGGUUGUUUACUCGUUAUAAAUAGAAUAUAUGAUGCGAAAUAGCUGUACGUAACGUUUGUCCCUCAAACGCCACGAACGUACUUUGGCUCGUAUAUUUCCAUUUAUCUUUACACGAUUACGAUUAUCGACGUAAUCGCGAUGCUGUAAUUCGUCGUUCGAGAUUUCUUUCCGUACCUGUAGCCUGUCAAAUCCUAUUGCAAAAGUACAAAGAAUAAGCUCUCUCUUAUAAGGAUCGCGCAUCUAUUAGAUUCCCUCUUUUUUUUUCUUUUUUUUUUUUAACAUAUCUUUAUUCGUACGUUUUUGUAACGCGAUUAAUCCCAUCUUUCUGUUGACAAAUUUCCAAAUACGAUGAUCGAAUCGUUCGAGUCGAAAACGGUUUCCAAAAAUCUUGAUUCCUACGUUACGAUAUUAUCUUCGACGUCGUACAUCGUCACGAGCAAUUUCCUUGCGUUUCCGUAUCGGGUGAUACACACUCGAGGAGAAAGAUCGAAAUUCAAUUAAGAACGAUUUGGAAUUCGCGAACGACGCGCAAAAGCAAAGCUAAGAGUUUGAAAGCUGUGUAACGAAGAAUUUUUAUACGCGCGUGUGUGUGAGUGUGAGAGUGUCGCUGUUAACGGUCUCUUUCAGAAUAUCUCCAUUUGUACACUAGUAUUAUUCUUAACUUGUAUCUGCGUAUACACACAUAUAUAUCUCGUUUUUUUUUUAUUUUUUAAAUUAUUUAAUCAAAGGCUUUGGUCAGUCAGUUUAUGCGCUGAUUAUAUAGAUAUGUUAUAUACGCGGGCGCCGUGUAUUUCGAUCUACUGCGAAAACACGUUAAAGCAUGUACCAAGUUAUCGGUUAACAGAGAGCAGAAUAUUAUUUUCAGGGUUUUGCGUUUAAACGCAACAUGGGACUCGUUCAACCCUGUCACACCGUAGAUGAGUAAGAAACGUUGAAAACGUCACCGUUAGUUCGAUAGAACGUUUUAACGCAUUCGUGUUACGCUAGAUCUUUGCACUACUCGAAAAUCGAUAUGAUUUUUACCGAAUUUAUAUAUCAAAGUUUCGAGUAGUAUUCCGUAAGCCUGUUGUUUCAUUCUGCUUUGGUACGUCAAGUAUCUCACUUUGACGAAUCGACGUUUUAUCUUGUUGCUGCUUAUUCUCACAAAUAAACGGACAACGAAUGCGUUAAACGAAACGAAACGAAAGAAGAAAAGAAAUUUCGUUCGCUGGAAAUCAUUUCGGUGGAGCACCGUUUGCGAUGUAAUACUGUAAUCGUUUACGAUCGAGUACUACUAAAUUAGCAAAGUUUACGAACAAUACUGCCGAAUCGAUGGUAUCGCGUUCGAUCAGCGACUGCACCCGUUUUUCAGAUCCAUGGCAAGACUCGCGAAAUUUGCUCGGUUUUGUAUUCCAUUACUACCUCGAUUCCAAUCAAUCCGCUUUCGAUUAUCAAUCUUUCGAUUCCGACAACCGAUUCCUCUUUUAGUUGCCCCGAUUCCUUCUCUCUUUCAAAACUGUUGGAUUUUGUUCGUGCAGUGAUAGCCGAUCGUACUCGUAGGUAGAUGCUUCCUUCGAACUUUCGUAAAUCCAAUCGCUGUUUACAUUUCGCAUAAGUAUUUUUUCGAAAUGGCUUUGUCGCUAUUACGUAUGUUAUUUUUGAUCUACACAUAUGUCAAUUAAAAGACGAUACUACAAACUCGUAACGUGCAACGUAAUUGGAAGGAAUAUCGUCUCUCGCAGCCUGUAGCUACGGUGACCUUUUUUCGCGUUUCAACGAAAGUACAGAUUCGAAAGCUUGUCGGGCUUCGAUCGUUCGCACGCGAGACGUCGUUCGUUUCCUCUAUAUUGCUAUAACUAGUCGCUGGUAAAGCGUCGAUCGGUCAUCCAUAGCCGAUGACAUAUCAGAGUUUUCCUAAAGAAGAUAAAAUUAAAACGUCGUGUCUUUCGGGGGGAUCCUUUUCUAUUUUCGUCUCUUGACUUGAUGUAAAGAACGUGUCGGCAGAUAUCGUAGUUUGUAUAAAAGACAUUUCGCAGGAUUUUCCCGCGGGGUGAUAAAUUGCUAGAGAAUAUAGAAUUUGGCGCGUGCGCACUAGUCAUUUUCGUUCCCUCCUUGUUCUUUUUUUUUAACACGGAUCAACAACGCUAGGCUUUCGAACUGUAGUUCGGCACUCUUAAUUUCCUUUCCUUCUUUCUGUAUCUUUUAAAUCCAACCUUACGAAUCGUGCAAUGCAUGUAAAUACUCGUACUAAAUGUUGGGGGCAUUCUUAACACGUUGCGCAGAUCGAGCAAAUAGGAAGGCGAGGAUCGUUGCUUCGUUCGCCGAACGCGCAAGACGAGUGGCAACCACCGUUUUGUCAAUUGUUGUCUUUCCUUAAAAAGAAAAAUUAGUUUUCCAGUUAUUUCAUCGUUGAAACUCGAUCCGAUCCGAUCCGAGGAAAGUAGACUUUCGGAUAUAUCGAGAUAGCAAGCUUUAAGUAACGAUUAAGAAGAAGAGAAAGAUCGAUGGAAAAGUUGCUUUUCCGUAACAAUGGUUCCGGUUAUUCGUGCGAGGAAAACGUCGCGAUACCGACGGAUGUUUGCUCAUUUGGAAAUCUAACACCUAAGCGCAUACUAUUACGAUCUUGCGUUUGGCGAAGGAAGAAGCACGCAGAGAGAGGUGUGGCAAGCAAAGUAAAAUCGCGAGAGAGCGAGAGAGAGAGAGAGAGAGAGAGGGGGGGGGAGGAAGAAAAUAAAAGCGAUAAAAAACAUCCCUUUUUGUAUAUAAUCAAAGAAAAGCUAAAAAGAAAAAGAAUCUCGUCGGUUACUAGGAAUCCUCGGGAACAAAAUCGAUCGACGGGAGAAGAGAAAGUAACGGACGAAACGUGCGCGAAAUCUACAUGUACAUGAACAAUGUGAUAUAAAUAACUGACAAAAUUACUUAGCACUAUUAUAGCGUUUAAGCAAAAAUAAAACAAAAGAAAGGAAAGAAACUGUUAAAUCGUUUACGGCGUAGACGUACGAUGCUAAAUGUUAUUCGCUAACAUCUUACAAAACGAAACUCACGAAACUGUAAUUGUAUAUAGAAUUACGAGAGAGAGAAUGAGAGAGAGAGAAUGAACGAGAAUGAGAGGCAAAAGGUGAGAAAGGAGCACCGGAGAGAAUGAGAAACGGUGUGAGAGUGGAAAAAAGUAAGAAAAAAAUUACCAGCUGUAAUUAUUACGUUGAAUAUGACAGAAUGAAAGAUGGUAAGGCGGGAGGAGGGAAAGAGGAGAGAGAGAGAGAGAGAACGUCUUGGAAUAAGAAAAACCGUAACUCUAGCGUGUCUUGUACAUCUCUCGUGAUAGUAGAAUAUCUGUACAUUGUAUUUCUCGUGUGAAUGUGGCGGCGUGACGUAAAGACGAAAGAAGAAAUAAGUAAAUAGAGAAGCAAGUGUGCUGUGCGUCUUAGCAGGAGUGUUGCUAUUGUUGUACUCUAUGUCGAAUUUUGUUGUAUAUACCAUCGUUGGUAUAUGUAAAGAUAUGAGAAACACACGGUGUAUAUUACGAACCUCUUCGAACGACUCGUUGCGUGUUGUUGGAAAUGUGAGAACUGGAGGGAAACACACACACACACACACACACACACACUAUGUAACGCGAUAGAAAGGCAAAAGAAAUUUAAAAAAGAUAGCGUGGCGCACGAGGGGUGGAGCACCCAGCCGCGUGCAAACACUUUUUGUUUUCAGAAGGAGUGCGACAAAUUUCAAUACAAUCUAUCACAAUAAAAAUUGAAGCGUGAAGCGUUGCCCAGUCCUCCUUGCUUCCGACGCUUGAAUUCCUUGAAUUUCGACGCUUAGCGAGACAAUUGUGUCAAAGAGUACCGGUGGUAUUUGACGAGAAGCAAAAUAGAAAAGAAAAAAAGAACAGAGCAACUCGAUGCGAAGGGGUACGAGUGAUCGUGUUCGAAACGGUCGAUGCAUUUCCAAUUACUUUCGUUCUUCGAAUGAAAAGAAAAACGAGCGUAGGUAUGGCGGAGAUUGCAAUUUGCGAGCGACAAAGUCAGUUACCGAUACCGAUGCUUGGUUUUUAACUUUGAAUAUGUACAGCGCUGUGAAAUUCGACAAGGAGAAGGAGGAAGCGCGAACGUUGCGUGUAAACGCAGAGGUUCGAACAUGUUAUUCCGAAUGAGCUCUACGAUAUCAAGGGAACUUCUUUUUCCGAAGAAAUAGCAGUAUUAGAUUAACUUUGUAAUUAUUAGCGAUACUAAGUACUAUAUACAGUAUCUCGGGUUUCUUAAUCGCAAAUUAUUACGCGGUGUAACGAGUUUCUUCGAUCACGAGUUAUAUACGAAUGUCAAACUAUGAGUAUAUUAAAUAUGUUUUUUAUGAA